AUGUAUGUUCUAUUUUGGAGAGCAUGCAAUGCAUCUUCAGCUUUCACAUUCAGGAAAGCUAUGGAGAAGUUGCAGAAAGCAGGAGGUGAAGAUGUCAUGACUUGGUUUGCAGACUUGGGAGAGAAGUCUAAGUGGAGUAAGCAUGCAUUUGACCCAAAUGUUUGCAAUGACUCCAAUACAUCUAAUUUUGUAGAGAGCUUCAACUCUACACUAGGGGUGAAUAGGUGUAGGCCUAUUUUGACUUUUCUAGAAGGCAUUAACCCACCUCUUGCUGUGUUAACAUUAUCAUUUCAAACUGAUUUGGUUUGUUUUCUAAUUAAGACAAUUAAUGCAGGAAUAAGAAGGGUUUGUAUGGUGAGAAUUGCAACAAGGAUGGAGAAUGCAAGGUCUUGGAAAGAUGAAGACAUUACUCCUAAAAUUGUGAAGCUAGUGAAAGAAAUAAGUAAAGCUAGCUCAAAAUGCAGAGUUUUCAAGUCCAUCCCAAGUGAAUAUGAAAUUCAUGAGGGAAGAUCACAGUUUCCUCUCAGCUUAAACAAGAAAGUUUGUUCUUGUGGGGCAUGGCAACUGACAGGUGUGCCUUGUAAGCAUGCCAUUAGGGCUUGCAUUGAUGCAAAGUUGGACCCACAUGACUUUGUCAAUUCCUGGUACUCUGUGAAGACUUACAAGCAAGCUUACAGUGUCUGCAUUAACCCAAUUCCUGACACAGAGCAAUGGCCUGCAGAUGAGUCAGGUAAAAUCAUCAUGCCUCCUAAGAUGAAGAGGGGAAUUGGAAGACCAAGUAGGAACAGAAAGAGGGAAGAAGGUGAAGAGCAACCUGAAAAAAGGUCAAAAACAGUGAAAUGCAGAAAAUGUGGUUGCUUUGGGCAUAAUAAGACAACCUGCAAGGGAGGCUUAACAUGA